CGAACGUCCAGUUUGCUCGAAUACACAUGCUUGCACCAUCUGCAUCUUUUCACAAGCGCCAAUCUCUGCUGAGAAACCGAGGAAGGACAAAGGAAAGCGUAUUUUACGAACUUUCUCCAUGACAAGUCGAUCCACUGUACUACUUUCCGAGUAAACUUCGCCAAAUCUUUCCGACGACCGGAAGUUUCCCGAAAUGACCUACCAUGCGUAUUCCCCUGGCAGGGCGCCACAGUACUACUACCCACAAUUCUAUCCCAUCCCACAGCCAAGACCUGACUCAUUGUAUGCUCGUCCGCUCACACCGGACGCUACGAGGGAGCAGCGUAAGCUUCGCAAGAAGCAGCAGCAGCGGUGGUCAUUCGGGGGCUACGCUCAACAGCCACAAGCAUACCUUCUCACACCGCCACCGACACCCGCACCCGCGAAACCGCGGCGUGUGCUCUGGGAGGCGGAUUAUAGUAGGCUCUUCCAUUUCUGAUCCAGAUGAGAGGGGGUUUCUGAUGAACAAAUUUGCAGUGAAUGCUCCAGCGUCCUCUAGAUGGCCCGAAUUACAUCCAGUUCUCGCGAUGGACACCACACGGGUAAUCUUCGACGUCCGAGUCCCUCCUGAGCAGGCAAUCAAUUCAGAAGCAUAUACAAGGUUCUGGAACGAGAGCGCUCUACGGCGGCCGACAACGCAUAUGCGGCUAGUCUCACAGGAUCAUCCAUGGACAUUUGAACUGGAUUUCCGCCCCCUCUUCGCAAAAAAGGGAACUCCUCAUUACGUGACCUGUGGCGACGUAUGGACGGCGCUCACAUCAGGCCUCGCCCGACCUAUUACGGACGCGGAGUGGGCACUUUUCACCACGACCAAUAGACCAGAGCAAGCACAGAAGAAAAACUCAAUGACACAAACAGUCGCAACGCGUAAGGUCGAGCAUGGCAAGUUCCUGCGCCGUGUAGAUUGGCUGGGAGCGAACAUCAUCUUCCGCGGUCUCGUAAAGGAUGACAAAUACGCUGGGGAUGUGCUGCUUCCGGGACGAGAACCUUGUGCUGAAACAUGGUUGGUUAAGUUCUCUGCAGCUAGAGCAUAGGGUAUACUCUAAGAUGAGCUUCCUUCUCCGGUAUUGCAUAAAGACGCCGGGAAGACAAGAGGCGAUGAGGACAAAUUUUACAUCCAUAAAUAUCAAUAGUAAUGCGAUGCGAGACAAGGGCUCGUGAUAAGGCCUGUAGUAGUGCACGGUUUAUAGCAUGUAUAGCUUUAUAAGGGAAGGAAGAAACGGCGACUCGACGUAUACUACCCCUCCCAGCACCUCUCGUCAAGUCUUUCGUCGCUCUUCGCCUAAACGAAAUGACAACGUAUACUCCUACCAUUGUUCCCCGGGCAUACCAACCCGAGACUACCACUGCUUAUCCACCCGGGGUUGCAGAGUGUAUGGCGCCCCUUAUGCAACCAGUCCCUCUUCCAAAUGUUCGCAAGGAAACACGCUACGCAACACCUCCGCCUCAAUAUUCACAGCAGCACAGAUCGGAGUCGAUCAGUCUUUGCCGGGCUCCCUUAAUCCAGCCGCGAGAGUUAGCCGCACGGCACGAGUGCCAGUACUCUUAUUGCCCCGCAAGAUCACACCGUCUUCAUCAGAGGCAGGGAUCCAAUAGCCCACAUUCGUUGUCCAAUCAGCCUCAUCUGCGCUCCCGCCUAUAGUUGCCAUACCUAGGCAAGAGCGUCGCUCGUCGUACACAUCCCAUGUUUCCGAAAACAGGCUCCUGAGCCAGAUUCCCGUCACCAUAUCUCAAUCCUCGUCGAGUCGUCGAGAAGGGGAACUAGCGUGCCCAUGCGGGGUGCGACACUCACCGCUAUCCAGAUCCCCGUGGCUCGCGAACCGUCGGUCAUGAUGGAGAACCCGUUCCGCCUGGUUCUUCUACGCUUGCGCUUCGUCAGUGCGCACCCUCAAACUCUUGAUACGACGAACGGAGCAGAAGCGCUAUCCCACGUCCCUGGCACAUGACCGACAAGCUGGGCCUCUGCAAUCCUGCUUUCUUGUCCGAUACUGGUCAAGGUAUCAAUCGCAGCAUGAUCAUCUUGGUCCUGUAGAGCUACCUUCUGUUGAAAAUUUAUUAGCGCUCGAUAUCACAUGCUCGACGGCGAGAAGGAUAUACCAAAAAUCUUGUAAUAAGCUUUUCCACCCUCUCCCCGCUCUCUUCUGCCUUCGUACAUUGGAUUCUAGUUCCGGACGACUUCU